AUGAGCAAAGAUAUCAAAUUCAGUGUUAUUGUUCCAUCAUAUCAUGAGAAAUUAAAUAUUGAACCAUUAACUACGAGGUUAUUUCAAGCAUUGGGACCUGAAUUCAGCAAGCAAACGGAAUUAAUUUAUGUCGAUGAUAAUUCGCAAGAUGGGUCAGUUGAAGAAGUUCAAAAACUAUCGGAGAAGGGGUAUAAUGUUAGAAUUAUUGUUCGUACAAAAGAAAGAGGGUUGUCAUCAGCUGUAUUGCAUGGAUUCAAAAACAGUGAUGGACAAUAUUUGUUGUGUAUGGAUGCAGAUUUGCAACAUCCACCAGAAGUUGUACCAAAGAUGCUUGAUUCAUUAGUUGAGCAUCCAUUUGCAUUGGGUACUCGAUAUGCUAAGGGUGUUGAAAUGGACAAGAACUGGCCAAUUUAUAGAAGAAUUAUUUCGUCGGGAGCAAGGCUAUUAGCGUUGCCAUUAACCAGUGCAAGUGAUCCAAUGUCGGGAUUCUUUGGGGUUCAAAGAAAGUAUUUAUAUGAAGUUGAUCCAAAUGCGAUUAAUAAUAUCAACGAUAAGGGGUUCAAGAUUGCGUUGGAGCUAUUAGCCAAAUUGCCCUUGCCAAAGAAAGAUGCCAUUGGAGACGUUCCAUUUUCGUUUGGAGUGAGAACCGAGGGAGAAAGCAAGUUGUCAGGAAAAGUGAUGUUCCAAUAUCUUGGUCAGUUGAGGGACUUGUAUUGCUACAAGUUUGGUGGCUUUCACCUUGUGAUGGGGUCAAUUGUGCUCACACUUCUCUUUCUCGGCACAGUGUUGUUGUACUUGGGCGUCUAG